UAAGGAUAUUUAGCAUAUAAAUAAAGGCUUUAACAGCCUUGGAACAAUGGUUAGACCUUCAAGAAGUACCAGGGCGAAUUUUUCCGAGAAAAAACGGUGCCAUGGACGUAUAAUUACGUCAUCAGAAUCUGAGGCAGAAAAUGAGAGGAAUAAAGAGGAAAAAGAGGCGACAAGAUCGCCUAUAACAUGUAUAUCAAUGGGAUCGAUGAAUCCAUCUUCUAUGAGUGCUUUGUCGCCGAAAAAAGAGGAGAAUUUGACGAUGGAAUUCUCAUCGUUAAAGGUGUAUACUAGUCCUGAUAAAACCAAGGAAAAAGAUAUAAAAAUGGUGGAGAAAUUACCCUUAUCUAAGGUAGAAAGGGCCCCUCUUGUUCAAUUAUCGUCUUUGGGGCAUAAUUCUCCGAUUCGGAGACUUUCAUCAAUUACGCCUGCUAAGUUAGGGAUAUUUAAUCAAUUGAUCUCAUCAGAACGAGGUGUAAAUGAUUCUAAACAAACAGAACGUUUAAUGAUUUCUCAAUUGGUGUUAACGAAUUUUAAAUCGUAUGCUGGACGACAAUGUAUUGGACCAUUUCAUCCAUCGUUUUCAUCAAUAGUUGGACCUAAUGGAUCAGGAAAAUCGAAUGUGAUUGAUGCAUUGUUGUUUGUUUUUGGAUUUAGGGCAAGCCAGAUGCGUCAAAGCAAAAUAUCGGCAUUGAUUCAUAAAUCUUUGGCUUAUCCUGAUCUUGAUUUUUGCAGCGUUGAGAUUUAUUUUGAAGAGAUACAAGAAAUUGAGAAUUCUAAUUCUUCACCUGUUUCGUAUGUUAUUAAACCUGAGUCUCGUAUGGUUAUUUCACGUAAAGCUUUUAAAAACAAUACAAGCAAGUAUAUGGUGAAUAAUCGGGAAAGUAGUUAUACGGAGAUUACAAAACUUCUUAGAGAAAAAGGUGUUGACUUGGAUCAUAAGCGAUUUCUUAUUUUACAAGGUGAAGUAGAAUCAAUUGCACAAAUGAAGCCUAAAGCACCAAAUGAUCAUGAAGAUGGUUUGUUAGAGUAUUUGGAAGAUAUUAUAGGUACAUCCAAUUAUAAAAAGCGUAUAGAAGAGACAUCAAUUAAAUUGGAUCAAUUAAAUGAGCUUUGUGAAGAGCGAUUGAAUCGAGUUUCUGUAGUUAAAAAGGAAAAGGAUAAUCUUGAGGCUCGUAAAGAAACAGUGUUAUCGUAUAUUAAAGAUGAGAAUACAUUGACGAUGAAACAAUCAAAACUUUAUCAAGCAUAUAUUUUUGAAUGUGACACAAACAUUGAAACAACAAAAGAGCAUAUUAGAAAGUUACGAGAGAUAAUUGAUGCAGAUGAAUUUAUGUAUAAAGAGAAUUCUAAAAAAAUUAAAGAAUUAGAAAAACAGCAUGAAAAAAUAUUAAAAGAACACGAAAAUUUGGAAAUAGAUUUAUCAAAUGUUCAAAAAGAGUUUACUAAGUAUGAUCAAGAAAAUAUCAAAUUGCAGGAAAAACAGAAGCAUUUACUACAAAAACAGAAAAAAAAUAAUACUUUAAUACAAACUAAUUCUCAUUCUUAUUCAGAAGCCAUAGGAUCUAUAGAAAAUUAUACUAAUCAAAUUGCAUCUUAUGAAAAGGAAAUUUCUGAAUUAACGAAUAGAUUACAAUUGGAAACGAAAGAGUUAGAAAAAAUAAGAUAUAACCUUAAGGAUAAAACCCAUGAUAUUUCAGAUCAAUUAGAAGUAAAACAGAAAAAAUUGAAUCCCUGGAUUGAACAAAUAAAUGAUAGACAAUCUAGAAUUGAUGUUAUUCAUUCUGAAAUAAAAAUACUUGCAGAUAAAGAGGAUAGAUCUGUUCAGGAAAUUCAUAAUAUUCAAAAAAGAAUUCUAACAAUUGAAGAGGAAGAAACUGCUGCAAAAAAGACGAUACAACAAUGUCAAAUUGAUAAGGAAAAUAAAGAGAAGGAAUUGCUUUAUGCUAAAGAAGAAUAUGAAAAAAUGAAGGGAGAGGAAAAAAGGUUUAAAGAAAAGCUUUCUCAAUGUUACCAAAAAGAAGGUGAAGCAAGAGCUUCAUAUUCAAAUUUUCGAAAUCAUAAUUCUGUUUUAAGUGGGCUUAUGAAGCUUAAGGAAUCAGGUCGUAUUGAUGGAUUUUAUGGGCGUUUAGGAAGUCUUGGAACAAUUCCUGAUAAAUAUGAUAUUGCAAUAUCAACAGCAUGUCCUUCUCUAAAUCAUAUGGUUGUCGAGACAGUUGAAGCUGGUCAACAAUGUUUAGAGUAUCUUAGAGAGAACAAUCUUGGAAGAGCAGUAUUUAUUAUAUUAAAUCGUUUACCAUCUCGAUCUAUGGGUCCUAUUGAAACACCUGAAAAUGUACCACGAUUAUUUGACCUUAUUACACCAAAAGAAAAGAAAUUUUCCCCUGCGUUUUUCAAUGCUCUUCAGAAUACGCUUGUUGUGGAUGAUUUGCAACAAGCUAAUCGUAUAGCAUAUGGGAAGAAAAGAUGGAGAGUAGUUACAUUAGAUGGACAAUUAAUUAAUAGAUCUGGUACAAUGACAGGUGGAGGGAAUAAGGUUUUACGAGGUGGAAUGAGUAGUAAAUUAGAGUCAAAUGUCUCAAUUUCAUCUAUAACAAAGUAUGAACAAGAACGAAAGGUUAUCGAGGAAGCAUAUCAGACGUUUAAUUCGAAAUUCAUGCAACUUCAGACUAAGAUAAAUGAUAUAGCUAAAGAAAUCCCUGAAUUGGAUCUUAAAAUAUCAAUUCUUUCUUUAGAACUCUCUACAUAUCAUAAUAAUAUUAUUGAUGCGAAGAAAACAUUAAAAGAAGUAAGUUCUUUGUAUGAAAUGUCUCCUGCAGAAUUGAAAAAGAAAAAAGAAUUGGAGAAUGAAGCUGCUUUUUUGGAGAAAGAAAAUGCUAUGACUCGUAAAAAUAUGGUUGGAAUUGAACAAGAAAUCAAACAAUUGCAAGAUCGUAUUAUGGAAAUUGGAGGGAUUCGUUUACGUAGUCAAAAAACAAAGGUGGAUAAUAUUCAAGAUCAGCUUAAUACAAUUCAUGAGUCUAUUGCAAAUGCAGAUGUUUUGAAAAUUAAAAAGGAAAAGGAUAAACUAAGAUUUGAGAAGGCUAUAAGCGAUAGUAAAAAUGAAUUGCAAGUCAUUGAAACGCAGGUUUCUGAUGUUAAAAGUAAUAUUGCUAAAAAAACAAAAUUGAUUGAUACUUUGCGUUCUAAGAUUGAAAAAAUUCAACAAGAAAUAAAUGAUAAGGCAGAUGAAUUGUCAGAAAUAAAAUCAAGGCAAAACGAAGAGACAAAAGCGAAUAAUGCUGCACGUGCAAAAGAGAUUGAAACAAAAAAUAAAUUAGAAGAAUAUAGUAAAGUUCUUGUUGAUAAUGAGAAGAAAUCAAAGUAUUGGAAAGAUAAAUUAAAAAGUCUUAAACUUCAAAAUAUUAGUGAUUCCUCUGAAGAUAAUGAACCAUUGGAAUUGCAAAUAUUUACUAAGGAAGAACUUGAGAAUAUAAAUCAGGAAAAACUUAAAGCAGAAAUUCUUGCAUUGGAAGAAAAAAAUCAAAAUAUAAAAAUUGAAUUUGAUGUGUUGGAAGAAUAUAGAAAAAGAGAACAAGAAUAUAAAGCACGAAGUGAAGAUUUGGAAAAAAUUAUUAAUGAAAGGAAUUCUGUUUGUUCUCAUUUAAAUGAAUUAAAACAAACUCGACUAAAUGAAUUUAUGGUUGGUUUUAAUUUAAUAUCUUUAAAUUUAAAGGAAAUGUAUCAGAUGAUAACAAUGGGAGGAAAUGCUGAAUUGGAAUUAGUUGAUAGCUUAGAUCCUUUUUCUGAAGGCAUUCUCUUUAGUGUAAUGCCUCCUAAAAAAAGUUGGAAAAAUAUUUCUAAUUUAUCGGGUGGAGAGAAGACACUUAGUUCUCUCGCACUAGUCUUUGCACUUCAUCAUUAUAAACCAACACCUCUCUAUGUCAUGGAUGAAAUAGAUGCUGCAUUGGAUUUUCGUAAUGUAUCUAUCGUUGCUAAUUACAUCAAGGACCGGACAAAAAAUGCCCAGUUUAUUGUUAUUUCUCUACGAAAUAACAUGUUUGAACUCGCUGCAAGGCUCAUUGGUAUUUAUAAAACUGAAAAUACGACAAAAACUAUUACUAUGGAAAAUAUAUUAUAGAUUUUUUAUUCUAUAUUUCUUUGGAUUAUUUACAACUACAUAUUUC